AUGACGAGUAUUAUUUCUUCCCGAAUACUAGUACUCCCACUACUACUCCUGGCACUACCGUCCAAUAUUGUUGUGGCUUCCUUUGAUUACAUGAACUUUGCCCAAGACGCCGCCAAUCAAGAACGCUGCAAACCGUACAAAUGCGACGAGGGCUAUGAACCGGUUCCGAAAAAGAAACACGAAUACCAAUCGGCCGGUUGCAAUGCCAUGGGAAGCAUGUCCCUGUUUGAUGACGAAGAAGAAGAAGUACCCUACGAAACCUGUUGUCAUCACUGGCAUGCCUGUUAUCAAAUUUGUGGCACGCUCAAGAAGGAUUGCGAUCGCGACUACAAACAGUGCGUGGAUGAAAAAUGCAAAGCCACGGGAAAGGAAUAUGACAAUUGCCUGGAAAAUGCCAAUCAACAGACCAUGUUGUUGGCCGUAGGAGGAUGUCGAUCGCACGAAGUGGAACAGUCCAAACAUUGUGCCUGUACUACAAAGUAUGGAGAUCGACAUUUGAAGGCACGAGAAGAAUCGCUACGACACUUUUACCGCAUGCAUGCACCGGAAAACAAAUCAAAGGUCAAUGCGUUGCUGGAAAAGGCGGAUACCACGCAAAAGUUGGGAAAACUGUUGGUGAAAUUAGUCAAGAAAUAUCCAAAGGCUAUUGAAAUUGUGGAAGAUCCACAAUCGCGCAUGUACCGACAAAUGUUUGGAGCUGGAUUUGGUGGAGGAAAAGAUGGUGACGAGGAGGAGGAAGAUGGCGACGAGUGGGGAUUUGGUAAACAGGGCAAGUACGAUCCAGAUGAUGAUUUUGAUGUCAAUGAGGAUUUGGGAGGCUAUGGAGAAGACGAAGCGGCAGAGGAGGAGGAUGAAGAAGAGGACGACGAGGCAGAAGAAAUGCUGCGACAAGCCGAAGUGCUACGGAUCAAGGCAGAAAAACUCAAGCGAGAAAAGAAAAAGAAACAAGAGGAGGAAGAAAAGAAGAAAAAGAAACAACAACAACAAAAGAUGGAAAAGAAAAAGCCAAAACCACCUCCACCGGUAGAAGAAGUGGAAGAAGAACCACCGAUAGAAGACGAAUUCAACCAAUAUGAAGAGUUGUAG